AUGGCGUCCUUGGUCGGAGGGCAACUGUUUGAAACUAGUCGUCAGGGUCCACCUCCUCCAAAAGAUUUUUUCCAACUUGUUAUAACCAAAAAUGAGGUCAUAUGGCGAUCAUGGAAGAUUUCUUUGCGACUUGAAUCCCGGGGUGCUCCACCCAAAGAGCUGAAAACAUCCCAUCAAGAUUUCCUACAUCAGAAAGUGCUACAGCAACAAGUUGAUUAUGUUUUUGGACAGAGGAUCCUCGAAUACACAGUAAACCUUUGUCAAGGAAAGUUUGAUUACCUGGAGCGCUUAGCUGAUGACAUAUUACUCAAAAUUGUGUCCUACCUGCAGCUGAAAGAUAUACCACAGCUGGCACAGACCUCAAAUAGAUUCAGAAAGCUCUGCAAUUCUGAGAAGUUUUGGGAGCAGAUUGUGAGGUAUCGCUGUCCUGACUUCACCAGUGACAUGGAGGGAAUAGCCAAGGCCAUGGGCUGGAGGAGGACCUAUUUUACCUUCUUCCAUACCAGUGGCAGUAAGAAGCAACAGUGA